UGAUAACGUUGUUCGACCAGUGACAGCCAGAAGUUGAGUAAAAACGGACACAAAACAAAGGCAUCUAGUGAAUAAUAGUGUAAUAAGUGCAAAAGCAACGAGUGAAAAUGGUAUCGAUACAGACGAUAGCUACGAUUGUCGUGAAAGCGCUUAAAAUUGUGCUGAACAUCAUAAUUCUCGUGCUGUACAGAACUGGAUACAAUGGGGAGUUCCUGGGGGUGGGAGGUACUUGGAACCUCAACGAGGAGAAGAACCCAGACGCUGAGAUAGUGGCCUCGGGAGUUAUAGUGGGGUACCUGAUCUACACACUGGUUCAAGUCGUCACCUAUCUCUUUGGUACUACAGAACAUAAGAGAGCUUUGGCUGACAUCGUCAUGAACUUUGUGGGGGUGUUCUUGUGGAUAGCAGUGGGUGCUGUAGCCUUACAUUAUUGGGGAGGAUACCAGGGCGAGCAGCAGUACCAGUUUGUCUACUCCGAGAAGCAGGUCGGGUUGGCUGUGGGAGCUCUGUGUGUCAUACAAGGCGCUGUGUAUCUACUAGACACGGCACUCUCCGUGAUCCACUUCACCAAAGAGAUGUAAACUAACUAUAUAAAGUUAUACUAAGUAAAAUUAAGUUUGUUUUAUAGACCGCAACGAAAAUCGAUGAUUCCAUUGUAUUCCCACCUCUUCCCCGCUCUAUACAUUAGUUAAGUCUGUCUUUUGUAAUGUAAGCUUUUGAAAAUAAAUUAUUUUUAAAUCG